AUGCGCUCAACGUUGGUCGAGGGCCCACUGGCAAUCAUCGCCGUGAGCCUUUAUCAGCCUAUUUGGACCUUGCCAGAUUUGCGCAUAAUUGAGGAAGGAGACACACCACACUGCAAAUGUGUUCUGGAACGCUUCGAUCUUUACAGCUACCCAAAUACAGGAGAAAUGGGUUUUGGUCAAAUGCCAUCUCGCACCAAAAGCACUAUCGGUAUGGUACAAAAAGCCCGACUGAGCUGUACCCAGGCCCUGCGAGCUUGGUACCUUGAUAUCCUCCCUCAGCUCGAUUCGUCCGUUAUCAACAAGAUUUACAGCGAUGUUGCCCGUCCGCGAAAAGACCCUAUUAGUGAUAUUCUAAAGGCGAUCGGAUUACUGUCGCCAAAUGAAAGAAAAGCUUUGAUCACUCACAUUUUCCGGAAAUGGAAGGUGAAGAAAAACCUUGUCGACUUUCCCAAAAUCGAUCCUCUCACCAAUCUACUGAACGAUUUUUCAUAUGAUGAGCUCCAAGAGCUGUGGAUGAAAGUUUACCGUCAAUGCCUGCCUAAAGCCAAAAAAGCCGAAUGGCUUGCCGAAUUAAUUCAAAUUCUGCCUUCAAGCCAUUUUCAGCUCCCCUAUUCCCACUUGCGAGUCAUUGCAAACAGAGAGCAGUUGGAGAACGCGAGGUCAAUUUUAGAGAUUCGGGAAAAGGAAGAGGAUUAUGAAAAUGGAAGACGAGGUGAUACUCCUCAUCCCGAAUUAUACCUCAGCUCUAAUUUAUCUAGAUAA